GGUAGUGAAGGUGCAGUAGUUUGGAGGGGCGGUGAUAGUCAGAUAACGAUGGUUGCGAUAACGGCCGGAGGCCGAGGAGAGCGCGUCGCAGUGUCGAGCGGUGCCGGCUCAGCGGCUCAGCGGCUCGGUCGCCUCACUACAGAAUUUUUUCAACACUUUUUGCGCGUCUAGCUACAAGGUUGUCGGUCGUGUUGUUGUGACUUGUGUCCACGUACGUCUGUGGAGGUUUAAAAUGAAAUUUGUUUAUUUUUUCUUCCCAAUAUCACGAAUCAGUUCUCACUAUUCAAAUCAUUGUGUAAUUCUUUUGUUGUAGAGUUUUUCUGAUUGAGUAUUCUGUGUUUUUGUUUUGGUGUACAACAGUUACGAUAAAAACAAUGAUUGUAUGAGUUGCAAGUGUUAGUUGAGUGGUUAGUGGUGACAAUGAAGGAGUCGACUCCUCGGUGCGAGGAUGUGGCCGACAAACUGGUGCGACUGUUCGGAUGGAGACAGACGUACCCGGUGCAGAAACUUCAGAGGAGUAUACUACCUCAGACUAGUGCUGCGGGUCCAGAGACAUGGGUAGGAGUAAGAGCGUUGCGUGCCAGUUCAGGAGGUAUUCUGGACCCAGACGACCGCGUGCGGGAUGUGGCGGAUGACAGGGAAACCCUCACGGCUGAAUGUACCAGUCAAGCGCCACAGCCUCGCGCUGCGCAAGCAGAUGGCGCCAGUGGGUCUUCAGCCGGCACCGCCUCCCCUGACAUGUUUCGGGGAGGUGGCGGCGUCGGCGGCAGUAUGCGCGUUCCUGACACCGACUCAUGUGUCGAAGUCGGGGCGGCAGAUUUGGAAGAUGGAGCGAAUGGUCUGCAAGUACGGCGCGGCAGUGAACCCACGCUACACCAAGAUACCCUACCGCCUCAGAGACCGGUAUCAGAACAAACAAAGCGGUGGUCGGCGGCGGUGGUGUGCCGGGACGACAGUAGCAGAAUGACGCAGAAGGUGCAUCCGUUGCCGGACGGCCGGCCGCCUGACGUCGCCGUCGACCGGCACGGACAACACUUCCAAAGGCAAUCUAAUCGCCUAUCAAUGCAGUUUUCUGGGCCUGGUAGCGGUGUAUGGUUGGACGCAGCAGAGCGGGUCCAGAGUUAUGGCAGCAAAAGUCUUCCCAGAGACGCCCGAAGAGAGCCAUUAGGACAAGAUAUGCCAGUUAACAACCACCAAAAUCACAGGGUAGAGGACAUGCUCCGGUGGGUGUCAGGAGUGAACAAUGUAGCGAGUGUACAUCCUGUGCAAGAACGGCCUCUUGAUCUCUUACCCGAAGGGGGCAGCAGUGAACGUGCGAUAUCCGGUAUGGAGGUCCCAGUGAGUCCCAGUAGUAAGCCAAUAUCAGGCGCCACCCAAACAGUGGCCGUUACUUUAGUGAAAGGAGAGAAAGGCCUCGGCUUCACCAUCACCACCAGAGACAAUCCCACAGGGGGACACUGUCCUAUUUAUAUCAAGAAUAUUUUACCUAAGGGUGCAGCAGUAUCAGACGGCAGACUGCGCGCGGGCGACAAGUUGGUGUCGGUGAACAACGUGUCCGUGGCCGGCCUCACGCAGCAACAAGUCGUCACCUUACUUAGGAACACUCCCACCGACUCCACCGUCGAGAUACUCGUCGAGAGAACUGUACCUAAUCGGACACAGAGGGUCGAACCUCAACAAAGUCCGACGAAAUACGUGGAAAAGGCGAUAGGAACGCCAAUGAAUGCAAUAGAAGUGCCAAAGCCUUCAGAAAACGGUCGAGUAUCGAGUAUAGUGAACGCCAUCAACCAGAACAACGUGAACAGUUCCAUGCGAGGCAGGAUACCUAAGAGCUCGUCGAAAGACGAUCUGCUGCAUAAGGAUAAUAGCAACGACAGUGCACUGCAAGACGCUUUGAACUCUUCGUCUAAUUCCAUUCUUGGUCUCCGCAACCGGUUAAUACUUCGGCUGGACGUGCCGGUGCACGACUCGGAGAAGGCAGGGCUGGGCAUCAGUGUCAAGGGGAAGGUUACUGUUGGACCUGAUCCCCAGGACCUGGGCAUCUUUAUCAAGUCUGUGUUACAUGGAGGUGCGGCGUCUAGGGAUGGAAGAUUAUACACAAACGACCAGUUAUUAUCAGUGAACGGCGUGUCACUAGUAGGACAGAGUAACGCGGAGGCUAUGGAGACGUUACGACGCGCGCUACUACAUGCUCGGCCACAGCGCUCCGGGAGCAUCUCUCUCACUAUAGCUAGGAGGACUGACAGUACGGACAGCCUAGCAAGGUGGAAGGACGACACGCCUCCAAACGGCAACGACACAACAAAUUCUAACGAGAACUCACAGAACUACAACACUGUCAUAUACAACGCAAGCAGUGACAAAGAGAACAAACCAGUAGACAAUUUCAACCAAAAAUACGAUACCAAUCAAAACGAGGGCUUUGACAGCCACGACGGUAGGAGUACCAAGAAACAUGCAUCAAUUAUAACUAUAAAUAACAACAAUAGUUGGGUUUCAAACCAAUCAGAUGACAGUAAAGGUUAUUUAGAAAGAGACAAAGAUAUACCUCCACAUGAUAAUAAAAGAGAUAGCUUCGAAUGGAGUAGGCUUGAUGGCUGGAACCCUGUAAUAGACCGACUGACUGGAUUAAGAAACGAGAGUUAUUACAUGGCAACUCAGAUCGAUGCACCGGUAACGAAUGGCCACCACUAUAGACAUAAUUUGGGACACGUACACAUGCCACGGUCGCCGCCUGCGCAUCAUAAUGUUAUUAUUGAAGAGGAUUAUGGUACAACGAGGGGUAGUGGAAGUGGUUGUGGCGGUGAGUCAGGCAGUGAGAGUGGCGCGGGGUUCAGUCGUGACGCGGUGGGCCGACGGUCCAUGUCGGAGAAGCGACACGCCGCGCUAGACGCCAAGAAUACUGGCACUUACAAGAAAAUCAAGGAGACCAAAGCUAUCAAUGCAUUACAAGUAGGCCCAUCAUUAGGAAUGAGAAAAUCAUCAAGUUUGGAAUCUUUACAAACGGCGAUACAGGAGACGCAAAGAAAUCCGCGUAAUGAACCUAUUUAUGCACGAGCGCACCCACCUUUAAAAACGUGGUUAACGGACGACCAUCACGGACCGGACAUGAUCAGAGGCUCACCGCAACAAUCGUCACUAUCACAUAAGAAGCCAUCCAUACUCAAGUCGUUAUCAACUAUGUUUAGGAUAGGAAAACCUCACAAGAAGCCAGAAACAGAAGUUUAUGGCAGAUCACAGCCAGGCAGAGCUUCAGAGAAGUCACUGUCAAGAGAAGCGUUAGAGCGACACAACAGAAUAGAAGAGAGGGAGAAAGAAGAAGAACCAACCACCAAACCACAACAGCAGAGAUCGGAAGUAUCCCACUCGCGCCAAGGCAGCAGUGGUAGCGGCGACCGUGCGCACAAGUCCGAGCGACGCGCGCCGCCGUACAGGGCUCCACCACAUCAACAACACUCGGGAAUGGACAGCGCGUGGGGUCCCACCGGUCACUACGUCAACUAUGAAGAAAUACAACAGAAUUUAAACGCGCGUCGCGAGAAGUUGAGCGAGGUGCAGAUAGGACAGAUGAGGAGACAGGUCAGCGCGCAGAGAGCCAAAGCAGAGGAAGAGAGUCGUCGGGCAGGGGCGGGUGGCUACCACUCACAGCGCUCCUGUAGAGAGGGGGGCGUGCGACCGCAGUCUAACUACUACGAGUACGAGACGGCGCCGCCGCGAAGACCAGGCAAGCUUUCCCACUACCACUGAGCAAUGGACAUCGAACAAGAAAAUAAUACCCCUUCGACGCCAAACACCGACGGCCGAAGUAUCCGAUCUCAUUUUAAUUGGCGAUACUUUUAACGAUUAUAUCGCUUCAGUAGACGUUAAUAAUGCUAUCUGUCGGCUCGAUUCCUUAUUGAUUUAACUUCGAGUGCCUUCACUGAGACCGAGCCACGGUAAUUAAUUGUUAUUCUACACAAUUUGCUGUAUCGAUUACUGGAGCAAGAAUACGAUGGUAAUUGUCGUUAAAUGUAAAAUAAUUGUCUCAAGAUGUGAAUUAUUUACGCCGUCGAAGUCGUUAAAAGUGAAUUUGUUUUCAAUAUGGCUACUUAAACCGUUAUUUAGUGCUCUUGGCGUAAUAAAAUGCCUGGGGCUUGUGUAAUUUUGUACUGAAUGUUAUUUUUUCUAUCUACCAGUGAUACGUAUGUCUAGCGUAUAUAAAUAUACAAGAUUUCCAAGUAAAAUAAAACUAUGUAAAAAAAUAAAAUAAGGUUAUGUGCGCAAUAAGCUUGUACUUAAAACUAAAGAAAACCCCUUUUUCUGUAACUGUUAAACGAAGCAAGUAUUUUACACUACAGUAAUUACCUAACACAAACAAACACUUUUUUAUUACAAAUGAAAUACAUAAAAGACAUUUUUCUAUAAUUAAAUCUGUCUUUUGUGUUGAUAAACCUUCCUCAAUUUUUUAUUUUCAUAUAAUUUGGAAACUCAAACAACAAAAUAAACUUCUUUUGUUUAAAAGACA